CACGCCGGGCCGCGGGCCGCAGGGCUCGUUCCGGGAGGCGGGCGCAGCGCAGGCCCUUGGAUUCGGAUCGCGGGCGGAGGCCGCAGUGUGAGGGCGGGCGGCGAGCGGGCGGGACGUCCGGGCCGUGGCGGCAGCGGGCCGACGUCUGGGCCGCGCGCGCGGCACAGGGACGGAAGGGGCGGCCGGUCGAGUCGGCGGGGGUUGUUUCGAAAGCGGCGGACCCGGGCGGCUCGGGCCCCUUCUGGGCCGGGCGGGGCCGCGGGAGCGGGGCGGGGGCUGCGCGCCGGUCCGGCCCUGCCCUGCGGCCCGCCGUCGGCGUUCCGGGCCUCGCGAGGCCGCCCUCCUUCUCAAGGGCCGCGGGUCCGGCCGCCAUGUGUAGACCUGAAAGCGCCCGUCGUCUGUGAAGCGCCUGGACACCUCGGAAGGGCUUUCUGCUGCAAACGAAAAUCCGGAAGCUCUCGGUUGUACAAACCGAAGCGUUGGGUGAUCGCGGAAACAACACGUUGUGCGGGCUUGGAAGCCGCCCCGGAGUCUUUUUAAUAAAACCUUGAAGCGGCUUGGCCUCUCCGAAGCGCUUUGGCAUCCCCGGAACCCCGAGGACUGUGAUGGGCAGUGGAAGGAAGGGGGAAAGGUGCCCAUGGCGUCGGAGCGGCGCAAGGUCAAGUACCACAGGAGCAGCUCUACGGACAGGGGUUCCCGCAAGCGCAGCUGCCUCCGGGAGGCCGGUGAUGUGGCCCCCUCCCCCCGGCGGCCGGCCCCGAGCUCCGCGACGCGUUCCCCAGGGGCCCGCAGCCCCAAGCGCCUGAGAGCCCAGGAGGAAGACGAUGUGGCCUGCCCGCCGCCGGAGCUGUCCCGGGACUCAGCCCGCCGCAGAAAUUCCUCCUCCUCCUCCUCUUCCUCCUCCUCUUCUUCCUCUUCUUCCUCUUCUUCCUCCUCCUCCUCCUCCUCCUCCUCCCAGUCCUCCGGCCCAGGUGUGGCGGACGGGGCUGCCUCCGAAGGCUGCCUGACUCGGAGCGCACGUGAGGCCUUCCUUCCGUCAGGGGGCUCCCCUCCGCGCCCCGCCAGCCCCUCUCUAGAGGAAAUGGCUUCCCUAGAGGAGGAAACCUGUGGCCUUAAGGUUAAUUCCAAAGAUAAUUCUCGUAAUUCCACGAAUUCUGAGUUUGCAGCUGAAGCAGAGGGUCAAAAUGAGAAAAUUGAGGAACCAGGCAAGGUUCAGAAAAAGAAGAGGGAUAGACCUCGAGACCAAGGCUCUACCAUGAUCUACCUGAAGGCCAUCCAGGGCAUCCUGGGGAAGUCGGUGCCAAAAAAGAAGGGCGAGUCUGCCACUAUGGCAAAACCAGACACAGCAGACCAUCCCAACCAUGGAGAGGGCCCAGCCAGGAUUGGCACGGAGUCUCCUCCGAAAGAGGAGGAGGCAACCCCAGAGGUCAGAGUGAAAGAGGAAAAAGAGGCUGGGCUGGAGAGAAGCAGCUUCUGUGACAGGAGGGUGGUGGUAGACCCUCAGGAGAAACCCAACGAGGAGCCACUUGGUGACCGAAGGACAAUUGUUGACAAGUGCUCUCCACCCCUAGAAUUUUUGGAUGACUCAGACUCUCAUUCAGAAAGCCAAAAGCCUCAAGAAAGGGAGGUGGUGAUAGAGCACAUCUCCUCAGGAAGUGACUGGUCCGACGUGGACGAGGUCUCCACAGCCAGAUUCUCUCAGGAGGAGCCCAUCUCACUGAAACUCCCAGCAGUUCCAGAGCCUUCUGCCUUUCCCACUGACUAUGUCAUGUACCCGGCUCACUUGUACAGUAGUCCUUGGUGUGAUUUUGCCAGCUAUUGGGCCAACACUCGCAAGCCUUCUAGCUACUCCUCCAUGGGCAUCAGCAGCAGUGACACAUUGCAGGCUGGGAAGAGCAGCAGCUGGGGCUUCCUGAGUGAUUAUUCCUCCAACUCUACAGUGAGCUCCCAAAACACCUCUAGAGAUUGGGAGGCGACAGAGGAAGGCAGAUCCCAGAAUUCUCGCUCAUAUCAUUACUCCAGAAGCUUACAAGAAAAGGUGAAGGAGAAAAGAACAUUCCAGGAGGAGCCGCCACCCCGUUCUUAUGAAGGACAUGCAUCUAGCUCUCUGCCAAGGAGCCAUGUAGAGCCAAACCUAGAGGCGGGUUUCAUUGAUACCCAUUGUCACUUGGACAUGCUCUAUUCCAAGUUGGCUUUCCAAGGGACCUUCAGCAAGUUCAGGAGAAUUUAUAGCACCUCCUUCCCUAAGGAAUUUCAGGGCUGCAUCUCUGACUUCUGUGAUCCCAGGACACUGACAGAUACCCUAUGGGAGGAUUUGUUGAAAGAGGAUCUGGUUUGGGGGGCCUUUGGCUGUCACCCUCAUUUUGCUCGUUACUACAAUGAGAGUCAAGAAAGAAAUCUUUUGCAAGCCUUAAGGCAUCCCAAGGCCGUGGCAUUUGGGGAAAUGGGCUUGGAUUACUCCUAUAAAUGCACCACACCUGUCCCUGAACAGCACAAGGUGUUUGAGAGACAGCUGCGGCUGGCUGUGUCUCUAAGGAAACCCUUGGUGAUUCACUGCCGAGAAGCUGAUGAAGAUCUGCUGAGCAUCAUGAAAAAAUUUGUGCCCUCAGACUACAAGAUCCAUAGGCAUUGCUUCACUGGCAGCUACCCGGUCAUCGAGCCCCUGCUGAAGCACUUCCCGAACAUGUCUGUUGGCUUCACUGCGGUCCUGACGUACUCUUCUGCCUGGGAGGCCCGGGCAGCUCUGAAACAGAUCCCGCUGGAGAGAAUCAUCGUGGAAACUGAUGCCCCCUACUUCCUGCCUCGACAGGUUCCCAAAAGCCUUUGCCAGUACGCCCACCCAGGCCUGGCCUUGCAUACCGUUCGAGAGAUUGCCAGGGUCAAAGGUCAGCCGCUGUCCCGCACCUUGGCUGUGUUGCGUGAGAACACCAGUCGCCUCUACAAUCUUUAAGCAGAGAGAGUGCAGGAGUCUUCUAUAAAAGGAUGACCAGUGACCUAACAGCACAGGCUGGGCUUCAUCUCUGCCUGGGCCCAGGACAAGGGUGUGUUCAGAGCCCAUUGGAAUGGAGAAAACCAAGACAGGAAACAGGAUGUUUUCCUUGGAACUUCAUCAUAAGGCUUUUGAUCCUGGCUAUGGAUUGGGUGGGGGGUGGGGGUGGGGGGUAGGGGUGCAGUGGAGGGAGGGUGGGGAGCAGGGGUUGCCUUCUGGCCACAUGCUUCAGGGCAGUCAAGGAAGAAAGGUUAGUAGAAGGGUGCAACAAGUUUGCCCAUCCAAAUCUCUGGUUCUCUGCAGCCUGUGUUUUUGAGCAGUUUGCAAAUAAAGUCACCCUCCUACUAGUCUAA